UGUUAAUAACACAGGCUACGUGAAAGCACUGUCAUUUAACAGAACGCGGAGCAUACCGACAAGUCCACAAGAGAAAAAUCGUGUUGUUUGCUAUAUACAAAGCUGGGCCUAUCACAGAAAGGGCAAGGGACUGUUUGUGCCGGAAAAUAUCGAGCCAACAAUCUGCACCCACAUUAUCUACGCCUAUGCCACGAUUAAAGACUUUUAUAUCAGGCCUUUUAUUCGCUACGAAGAGUCAGAGCCGUGGCGGGAAGGACUGUUUCAACGAUUGGUAAACAACAAAGAGAUUAAUCCGGGAUUGAACGUCAUGGUUGCAGUUGGGGGAGCAGACGGAGAUAAAUAUAUUGAACGUAUGCCUGAGAAUGAGGCAAACUUGAAAUCAUUUGCAAUUAAUGCUGUGAAAUUUCUCCGAGAGAAAGAAUUUGAUGGACUUGAGGUUACAUGGGAGCGGCCUACCGUGACACAUAAACAAAAAUUUUUGAUAAUACUCAAGCACUUGAGAGAAGCGUUUGACCAGGAAGCGACGCAAAGUGGCAAGACUCGCCUUAUUCUCACAGUAAGCAUGCCAGCAGGAAAGGAAAAAAUCGAUGUAUACGGAAGGGAUCUAUUGACCAUUGAAAGAACCGUGGACUUCAUGUCUGUCAGGACGUACGACUUCCAUGGAAGCUGGGAGUCACACACUGGCUUGAAUUCUCCUCUAUACGAGGCUAAUUACGAAAGUGUCGAAAAUAGACAGCUAAACAUGGAUUGGGUUGGUAGAUACUACUUCUCUAUGGGAGUGUCAAAACGUAAUAUGAACCUUGGAAUUCCCACCUACGCCAGAUCGUACACUUUACAAGACCCGACUAACAAUGCAGUCUAUGCUCAAGUCACUGGCCCUGGUAAGCCUGGCCAGUUUACUGGGACACCAGGUCUUUUAGCGUACUACGAGGUGUGCGACUUCCUAACUCUCGGGGCCCAAGUAGUUGAUGUUCCUGAACAGAGGGUUCCAUAUGCCCACGGGGAAGAUCAGUGGGUCAGCUUCGAGAGCCUGGACAGUGUGAUCGAAAAAGCUUGCUACAUCUCCCAACUGAGAUUUGGAGGCGUUAAUAUAUGGGCGCUGGAUUUGGAUGACUUCAUGGGGCUUUCCUGCGAACAGGGCAAGUUUCCGCUAGUUGCCACCGUUUACAACAUCGUGCAGUACAUUGAUACCACUAAAUGCAGCAAUUUUCUGAUCAUGCGGGCGACAGGUGGAGCGGGAGAGAGAGGCCAACCUUGUCAACAUUUCAAGUAUAUGAACAUGAUGCUGGUGUUGGUCCUCGUCGCUUAUUCAGCAUUCCAUUAA